ACAGAUUACUCGACCGGAUUUCACAUAGCAAGUUCGACUCUCGUACUGUAAGCAUCUAACUAACUACUUAUAUCAUAAUGCCACCCAAGACUAGCGGUAAGGCCGCCAAGAAAUCCGGCAAGGCUCAGAAGAACAUCUCCAAGUCGGACUCUAAGAAAAAGAAGAAGCAUAAGCGCAAGGAGAGCUACGCCAUCUACAUAUACAAGGUGCUCAAGCAGGUCCACCCCGACACCGGUAUCUCCAGCAAGGCCAUGUCUAUCAUGAACUCUUUCGUGAACGACAUCUUCGAGCGCAUCGCCGCCGAGGCCUCCCGCCUGGCUCACUACAACAAGAGGUCCACCAUCACCAGCAGGGAGGUGCAGACCUCCGUGAGGCUCUUGCUGCCCGGUGAGCUCGCCAAGCACGCCGUCAGUGAAGGCACUAAGGCCGUCACCAAGUACACCAGCUCCAAGUAAGCGUCCGUCGUUCCUCGUGUGCGGUCUGUCUUUUCUCAAUACACAUUUUAGUGUAAUGGGUUAGGUAGUUCGUAUUGCGACACGACACGCUGCGAGAGUGUGGUUUGUGCUACAAACAAAAAGGCCCUUUUCAGGGCCACAA